AUGCCAAAGGAUAGGUCUCUUCAUACUGUGAACAGCAACACUGAACCUUUGAAGCGGGUUUUCAGUGUUGACGACGAUAUACAUGAAAUCGAACAUGAUAUCCGAUAUCUGGAAGGGCUCCAGGAAGGUCUAAAGCAGAGUGCGUCUAGUAAACGAUAUGCAGGAAACAUGGGGAACUCUCCCCCACCUGCUUCAUCUGUAAGGCCUUCGUCGGUGAGGAACAAGAGCUCUGCAAUGUCCGUUAUUGACUCAUCGGACAACAAUAACGGUGGUCCAAGCCAGAAUGCUGCCAACAUACGUUCAGAUGUGCUGGAUGAGGAAGACCAAGGAUCCAUCGCAUCUUUUGAGUCCUAUACCCUGAGAAACCGUCAAGAUGCGAUCAACGAGACACAUCCCUUUGGUAUAAGAAUCUGGAAACCAGCCCUCUACAAGAAAAAUAGAUCCGUCCAAAAAGCAGCUGAGGAAGAUAUUCAUGAAACUAAAUAUAAAAAGAUUUCGUGGAAGGUGCAUUUGGCGAAUAAUGUGUGGGCAGCUACUGUGGGACUCUUCUUCUUGAUAUUCCUGAGCGUUGCGGGUGUUAUCGUUUUUAUUCUCGGGCUGUUCACGCCGAAUUGUGCCGAGUAUGCAUUGGUGAUGUUCAGACUUGGGAGAUAUUUAUUCUGGCCCUUCGGCAAAAUUGUUCUUAUGGUAAGUGAUCAACAGUACUUACACGAGGAUCAGGACGAAGGUAUUCCAGCUCAGCAAUUUUAUGGAUGGGCUACCAAUCACAGCAACAGGCUAUAUUUCCAUAGGCCAUCGCAAAGUGGUAGGGAGUCAUACGGUGCAACAGGCGGCAUUAAUGCUCCUGGAGACAGACAACUAAGGCUAUUUGGGAGAGGAGAGUGGACUCUAGGACGUUUGAGCUUUUAUAUUACUUUCUACAUCGUGGUUCAACCGGCAGUCUUGCUCAUAUCAUUUUUGACAUGGCUAGCGGUUUUCACUAUCCCAAUGAGCAAUAUUCUUUGGGACUUAAUGUAUCAUUGCCGCAGACAUCCAUUAGCCCUAGAGUUCAAGACAUUAACACACAGCGUUAACGGUAUGAGGGACAAAAAUGUUUUGCUCUGUACGUUUAGAAGUGCCGGAUCACACUACUAUAAAUAUACUGUGGAUGGUACCAAUGUCAUCGUUAUGAAUCUAGGUGCAGUAGUGGCUUUCACCAUACUUCAGUUUUACGUGUUCCAGAAGCAUAUCUUUCAAAUUAGCGAGUCUCUCAUUUUUUGCCUAUGUUUACUCUCGAUUAUUCCGUUGGCCUUUUAUAUUGGACAAGCCGUUGCAUCGAUCUCUGCGCAGACCUCGAUGGGCGUUGGCGCUGUAAUCAAUGCUUUUUUCUCCACGGUUGUGGAAGUGUUUCUGUACUGCGUUGCUCUGCAGCAAGAGAAGGGCCUUCUUGUUGAGGGUUCCAUGAUCGGCUCGAUUUUAGGGGCGGUUCUACUUCUGCCCGGUUUGAGUAUGUGUGGUGGAGCACUCAAGAGAAAGACGCAGAGGUAUAAUCCCGCGAGCGCUGGCGUCUCGUCGGCAAUGUUAAUAUUUUCGAUGAUUGUCAUUUUUGUUCCCUCAAUAAUAUACCAGAUAUACGGAGGAUUUUUGGUUGAAUGCCCACAACAGCAAGAUGAUCCUACAAGAUGUUACUAUCGCCAGCCACCUUUGAAGUUCGAUAGACUUUAUUCAUUUGUCAUCAAGCCAAUGUCGCUAUUUUGCGCAUUGAUUCUUUUCAUGGCCUACAUAAUUGGAUUAUGGUUCACAUUGCGCACGCAUGCCGCAGCUAUUUGGCAGACUCCAGAGAAGCCGCCGGGUCCCAACAACAACAGUCAGUUAGGGUUCAUUCCUGACGAGGAGGAAAAUGAAGGAGGUCACGAUGGACCAAACUGGUCACGUAAAAAAUCUACCAUUAUUUUGCUUGCUGCUACAGUUCUUUACGCGAUCAUCGCUGAGAUUUUAGUAGACUGCGUGGAUAAUGUUUUGCAACAAUUUCCCUCGUUAGACCCGAAGUUUUUGGGCCUCACCGUUUUCGCUCUGGUCCCAAAUUCCACAGAAUUUUUAAAUGCCAUAUCCUUCGCAAUGCAUGGCAAUGUGGCUCUUUCCAUGGAAAUUGGUAGUGCCUAUGCUUUACAAGUCUGCCUGUUGCAAAUUCCCGCACUGGUUGUCUUUUCCAUUUUGUACACCAUUAACUUACCCAACGACACUGUGGUCAUCAGAGACCAAAUGUUUUCGCUUAUCUUCCCACGCUGGGACUUACUUGCAUGCAUGGUGAGCGUUUUCCUUUUCACCUAUUUGUAUGCAGAAGGGAAAUCAAACUACUUCAAAGGCUCCAUAUUGAUACUUCUUUACAGCGUUGUCGUUCUUGGUUUCUACUUCCAAGGCGCCAUAGACCAAAAUCGGUGGGACAGUUGA